CAGAUGGCUAAGAGCUAGCAAGGCAGAUUCAGGACCAUGAUGGCUCAGUUUCCCACAGCCAUGAAUGGAGGUCCAAACAUAUGGGCCAUCACCUCUGAAGAGCGGGCCAAACAUGACAAGCAGUUCGAUAGCCUUAAACCCACAGGAGGCUACAUUACAGGUGAUCAAGCACGUACCUUUUUUUUGCAGUCAGGUCUACCACCUUCAAUCCUUGCUGAAAUAUGGACACUAUCAGACCUGAACAAGGAUGGAAAAAUGGAUCAAUUGGAGUUCUCUAUAGCCAUGAAACUUAUCAAGCUGAAAUUGCAAGGACAGCACUUGCCUACAGUUCUCCCUCCUGUCAUGAAACAAACUCCAGUAUUUUCACCACUAAUGUCAGCUCGCUUUGGAAUGGGUAGUAUGCCAAAUCUGUCCAUGCCAACGUCUAUGUCUGCGAUCACACCAUUAGCUCCCAUGUCUCUGACCUCCAUGACUUCCAUUCCUCCUUUGGUUAUCUCUGCUCCUCUGGUGCCUUCUGUCAGUACCUCCUCAUUGCCAAAUGGAACAUCCAGCCUUCUGCAGCCUUUGUCCGUACCUUUCUCUUCAACACUGCCUCAUACUGGUUCUUUGGGUCCCAUGACAGGAGGGUUUGGUGGUUCUAGUAUGCAGAAGGCACAGUCACUAAUCGAUUUAGGAUCUAGCAGUUCAAAUUCUUCCUCUAGUGCAUCACUAGCUGGGAAUUCACCAAAGAUUACAUCUUCAGACUGGGCAGUUCCUCAAGCCUCCAGAUUAAAAUACAGACAGAAAUUUAACAGUCUUGACAAAAGUAUGAGUGGAUAUUUAUCAGGAUUUCAAGCAAGGAAUGCCCUUCUGCAAUCAAACCUUUCACAGACUCAGCUGGCUACUAUUUGGUCACUAGCUGAUAUUGAUGGAGAUGGGCAGCUGAAGGCUGAUGAGUUUGUGUUAGCCAUGCACCUAACUGACAUGGCCAAAGCUGGACAGCCCCUGCCACUGACUCUGCCUCUAGAGCUGGUACCACCUUCUUUCAGGAGUGGAAAAUAUACUGAAAAUAUAAAUGGAACUCUGCCGUCUUACCACUCUGUGCAAGAGGAGGAGCCACAGAAAAAACAGCCAGUGACCUUUGAAGACAAAAGGAAAGCCAACUAUGAGAGGGGAAAUAUGGAGCUGGAAAAACGCCGUCAGGUCCUGCUGGAGCAACAGCAGAGAGAGGCUGAACGUAAGGCUCAGAAAGAAAGAGAAAAACAAGAGCGAAGAGAGAGGGAACGUCAGGAACAGGAACGGAAAAGACAACUCGAAAUGGAAAGGCAGCUGGAGAGACAACGAGAGCUGGAACGACAAAGGGAAGAAGAAAGGAGGAAAGAAAUAGAAAGGCGGGAGGCAGCGAAGCGAGAACUUGAGCGCCAGCGACGACUGGAAUGGGAGAGAAUUCGUCGCCAAGAACUCCUUAAUCAGCGUAACAGGGAACAAGAAGAAAUUGUCAAGUUGACCUCUAAAAAGAAGAGCCUUAAUCUUGAAUUAGAAGCCCUGACGGACAAACAUCAGCAAAUCUCAGGCAGAUUGCAAGAUAUUAGAAGCAAAAAGCAAAUUCGAAAAACUGAACUGGAGGCUUUGGAUAAGAAAUAUGACCAAGGAAUCAUGGAAGUCAAGCAAUUGCAACAACAGCUUCAGGAUUAUCAGAAUAAACUAAUCUAUCUGGUUCCUGAAAAGCAGUUGUUAAGUGAAAGAAUAAAAAACACUCAACUUGAAAACACUCAGAAUACAGCAGUCAAUUCUGUGCACAAGAAGUCCCUAGAAAAAGAAGAGUUAUGCCAAAGACUUAAGGAACAACUAGAUGCCCUUGAGAAGGAAACUGCUUCUAAACUUUGUGAAAUGGAUGAAUUUAACAGUCAGCUUAAGGAUCUGAGAGAAAGUUAUAGUACACAGCAAUUAGCCUUGGAGCAGCUCCACAGGAUCAAACUGGACAAAAUAAGAGAGGUAGAAAAAAAAAGAGCUGAACUUGCCCAGAAGAAGCGACUGGAAGAUGAGGCUGCAAG